GAUUGGAACCCCGGACGGAGCCUCCCAAGCUGGAUCGCCGAUAUCGGGGCCCGAGGUCCAUGACAUUGACGACAAUUCACCAAGUAUAUAAAGCAACGAACUCGCGACAGAUUUCAAAAAAGGUAUCCCCAUUCAAAGAAAAAAGAAACCCAAGCUCCAUCCUUGAGAUCUUCGCACGUUUCAUACCUCAGUUUCUUUCCAAACCUCCAAUGCCACCCAUAACCAUGGCGACCAAAUCCGAAUCAGCCAUCUACACCCACGGGCACCACGCUUCAGUGGUACGCUCGCACAGCUGGCGCACAGCUCAAAACUCCAUAGCCUUUCUACUGCCUCAUCUCAAACCGGACAUGAAAAUCCUCGACAUCGGCUGUGGCCCCGGUACCAUCACCGUGGACGUAGCAUCCUACGUUCCGCAGGGCCACAUCACGGGUCUCGAGCGGGCGGGCGGUGUCUUGACACAGGCGCGUGCCAACGCAGAGGCGAAGGGAGUCACGAAUAUUGAUUUUGUCGAGGGGGACGCGAACGCCCUUUCUUAUGCGGAUGGUACCUUUGACGUGGUAUACUGUCACCAAGUGCUGCAGCACGUGGGCGAUCCCGUGGGGAUGUUGGCCGAGAUGAAGCGCGUUGUGAAAAAGGGCGGUAUCGUUGCUGCAAGGGAAUCGGAUUAUGGCGUUUUCGUGUGGUAUCCUGAGCUCCCCGGUUUGAAGGUGUGGCAGGAUAUGUAUGAUCGUGUUGCGCGGCGGAAUGGCGGGGAGCCGAAUGCGGGGCGGAUGUUGCAUGCUUGGGCUAGAAAGGCCGGGUUGACUGAUGUGCGGUGUAGCUGUACGAUGUGGUGCUAUGCUAGUAAGGAGGAGGUUAAGUGGUGGAGUGAGACGUGGGUUGAGAGGGCCGUUGCUUCGUCGUUUGCGACGACGGCGGUUGAGCAUGGGCUUGCGACAAAGGAGGACCUUGAGGGGAUUUCGAAGACUUGGAGGGAGUGGGGAGAGGAUCAGGAUGCGUGGAUCUCCAUUCCGAGUGCCGAGAUUUUGUGUUUUAAGGAGUAGGUUAUGAUCGUUUAUGAUAUCAUUAUGCUGUUCAAGAAGGAAGAGAGAA